AUGCCCAAGUUUGCCAUAAUAUCGGGAGGAACAGCCACAAACGAGUUGGUGCCGCUUUUCACCAACUUAUCGCAGGACCACAAGACUACCUAUAUACUACCGAUUUCCGAUAAUGGAGGGUCGACUUCGGAGAUCAUUAGAGUCAUCGGCGGGCCCGCGAUAGGCGAUAUCAGAUCGCGAUUGACGCGGCUUAUCCCGCCGCACCAGCGGGAUCUACGCGACUUGCUCAGUUUCCGGCUUUCUCUCGACCCCGUGGUUGCCAAACUGCAGUGGAAUAGUAUAGUUGAAGGCACACACGAACUAUGGACUCCGCUCAAUUCAAGCACCAAGGAAGUGUUCCGCAGUUUCUUUGUCCAUUUGCACGUGGAGCUCUUGAAGCGGUCGAGAAUCACCCAGUCCAACAAGCGACAGUUUCGGUACGAGUUGGCCAAUGUGGGCAACUUGUUUCUAACUGGGGUUCGGCUAUUCAUCGGUUCGUUGGACUCGUCAAUUGAGUUGUUCUGUAAAUUGACCGAUGUCGAUGCGGGUGUUGUUGUCCUACCAUGCAUCAACACCAACUUCACCUACCACAUUAGCGCAAUAUUGGAGAAUGGCUUGAUUAUCACGGGCCAGUCGCAGAUAUCGCACCCUUCGCAAAAUGGCGAGUAUCCUCCGCCUAUCGACAAGACGCGUCCGCCGACUCCCACGGAUGACUUGUCGCGUACUUUUUAUUUCAAUGACCAGGAAGAUGUGCCGAUAAAUGAGGUUGAAUUGAGCAAACAGCGGGUCAAGAGUCCCAUUUCACGCAAGAGUUCCAUCUUCUUUACCGACGAUGAAGAGGAAAGUGGCAAUGUCCCGCAAUAUACCCAUCCUGAACUCAAAAAGUCACAGUUGCAUUUCAAUAAACUGGAUAACAUUGAGCCGCUUCUAUCGCCAAUCAAAAGGAUCUUUUAUGUUUCGCCUUAUGGAGAAGAAAUCUGCCCCACGGCCAAUGCGAGGGCGGUUUCCGCUAUAUCGGGAUGCGACACGUUGAUCUACUCCAUUGGCUCGUUGAUGACUAGCAUUAUCCCGAUAUUGGUCUUGAAAGGUGUAGGUAAAGCCAUCGUGGGCAGCAACGCAUGUGAAAAAAUCUUGUUGUUGAAUGGGUGUCUUGAUCGAGAAACGUUUGGUAUGACUGCUGCCGAUUUUGUGCGGUGUAUUGUUGAAGCUGUUGAGUAUAGUCUCAAGAGCUCAACUGGCGAUGCUGCCACCGUCGAGUGGAAUCUGGUUGUUUCGCGAGUGGUUUACAUGUCGGGGUCAAGGAUUGCAAUUGACGAACAAAUUUUUACGGGGAAGGGGAUCAAGUGCACUGAAGUCAAGAGGAUUGAGGGCACAGACUAUUACGAUUUAGACGAUUUAGAGUCGGUCUUGAGCCGAGUGAUACAUGAUGACAAAAGUUAA